GUUGGGACAAAACGGCGCACGUCGCAAUAGCAAAACAUCGGAGCCGACGAAGGCGAAGGCCACACGGAGAAGGACAAUUACUUUCGGUGGCAGUGAACUUGCGAUAGACCUACGGAAUUAGUCGACCCGGUACGGAUCGGGAGCGCGUACGCGAUAACAGGGGCUUCGUCGCUUGUGGACAACGUUUCUUGUGCCGCUCGGUUCACGUGGUAGACGCCGUAGGGCGGGUUAUCUUCGCAUCCGUAUAAUAACACGCCAAAUCCACGGAUCUUCUCCUGCCCAGCAUGAUAAAUCCCGUGGAAGCCCUAGCCAGGGCGAGUGGUGCCUCGGCGCCCGCAAUCCGGCUCAUUCUAUCCGUCCUGCUUGCAUACCCACUGGCACUGUUCUAUCGGCAGCUGAAGGGUGGGCCGACCGUGCGGAACCUCUUCAUUGCCUGCACCGGCGUAUCGAUCGUGCUGUUCAACUAUGGCACCGACCUGUACCACAGCAUGCUGGCCGUGGCGGUGAGCUUCCUGUGCAACACCUUCCUUCGCACCAGCAGCCUGAUGGUGCCGGUCAGCUUCACCUACCACAUGGGCUACCUGCUAAUCGGAUACUACCACACCACGAGUGACACGUACGACAUCAAGUGGACGAUGCCACACUGUGUGCUGGUGCUACGCCUCAUUGGACUGGCGUUUGAUUUAUCCGACAGCCGGAAGAAAGAAGCCGCCGGCAAGUCGGACGACAAGUGCAUCCCAACGCCGACGCUGCUGGAACUGAUCGCGUUCACCUACUUUCCGGCCUCUGUGCUCGUUGGGCCGCAGUUUAGCUUCCUGCGCUACCGGCGCUUCGUUGCCGGUGCUUACGAGCCGCACACUCAAGGUGCGCCCGCAUACGCCACAAAGAAGUUCCUCCAGGGCGUCUUCUAUCUGGUGGUGAAUCAGGUCGGCACGCAGUACGUGUCCGAUGCGUACCUGAUGUCGGACGAGUUUACAGGCGAAUCGCUGUUCAUGAAGCACAUCUACUUGGGCUGCUGGGGUCGGAUCACGCUGUACAAGUAUAUCUCGAUCUGGUUGCUGGCGGAAGGUGCCGCCGUUCUUUUUGGUCUGACGUACAUCGACGCCAAACCCGGCGAGCGGGAGUACAGCUCGGACGAACUGUCCGGUUGUAGCAACAUCAAGGUGGGCGUGUUUGAAAACACCAGCAAGUACGGUCACUACGUCGAAUCGUUCAACGUGCAGACGAAUACGUGGGUCGCCAACUAUGUCUACAAGCGGUUACGUUUCCUUAACAACCGCAUGCUCAGCCACCUGGGAGCGCUGUUCUUCCUCGCGAUCUGGCACGGUUUCCACAGCGGCUACUACGUUACAUUCCUGAUGGAGUUCAUGGUCAUCCAUAUGGAGAAGGAGGUGGAGCCGAUUUUUGCCAAAAAUGAAAAACUGCAGAAACUACUGCAGCAGCAGCCGCUCCUGCGAGCGCUCGUGUUUAUUGGCCUAAAGUACUAUACCAUCGUCUGGGCCGGCUGGUGCUUGGUACCGUUCGUAUUUUUGAGCUUCAACAAGUGGUGGCACAUCUACACGACGGUUCGCUUCACCGGUUUCAUCCUGUUCAUCGGCGGCAACGCGUUCCUUCCUCCGCUACUCCGAGCCGUCCUACCACGAUCUUCCUCCUCUUCUUCCGCGCCGAAGACGACGGCCACGCCAGCACCAGCGAACUCCCCCACGGACACUUCCGCCGGCCCGGCCACAAAGAAGGACGAUUAAAUCCGGCUCUGUCCCUCCCCCUUAAGGAUCGGAUCUCGUUUUUUAACAAAUCCAAACACGUUUCGAAUGAUUCUAGUUUACUAUCGAUCUUCUAUACUGCUUUCUACCACCGCACCUGGCCCAACUAAACGUAUGUUCACCAUCUUUCCCUCCCCAUUCCUUGCCGUCAGUCGAUGAUUGGGUGGGCGAAAGAUAGAACGAGAUCCCGCUUAGAGCAUCGUCGCGGCGGAGGACAUUUUGAAUGGAACCUUUGUUUUUUUUUUAUAAACCUAUUGCUUCUUACCCGUUCAUAUUAAAUCAAUUGUGCAAACAGUUCAUCUGCUGCACGAGCGUGUGUGUGUGUGUGUGCAUAUGAGAGUGUGCGUGUGCUCAAUAAGACAAACAAACAAACAAACAAAAGUAUAUUCGAAGCCAUCCUCUUGUGCAUGUUGAAACGUUUAGCAAAACAAAAAAAAAACACAUAGUCUACCAAACUGAUUGUGGGCUAAUAAAAUAAGCGCAAUUAAAGCAAUUACCGCAGAACGAGCGAUGAGUAAAACAAAUCUCGAUGCAGCAACUGGGUCGCGGCAGGAAAACGAACCAAACGGAACCGAAACCCCUUUACGACAGAUUUGGACUACUUUAAAACAUCUGUUUCAUGCUUCCUUAGUUUCCAUUCUGUUUUCCCUUUUUGGUUCGGGUUUUUAUAAGCAAACAACACUAACUUUGCCCUUUCCCACAUUUUUCUUUCUUACCACGAAAACGCAUUAACAUUGACAAGGAAUACAUAUUCUACACAAAGCCGGGGUUGAGUUUAGCUGCGAUGCCAACCUCGUGACUUGCGUGGAAGGUAAAGCAGUCAGAGGACGGAACCGAACGAUGGUUCAAUUUUAGACGAUCUAUCCUAGAAUAAAGCAGUACUAGUCAUAUUCUUCGAUUCGAGCGACAUGAUAAAAGUUACAUAAAAUACAA